GCGCGCAAUCUUGUAAUAACAUACUAAAUUACAGUAAUAAAUAGUUAUUUUGUUGUCGUUUUGGUUGUUAUAUUUUAUACAAUGGAACCAGAUGAACUAGAGUUUAUAGGCGAAAAUUCAACUAUCGGUGUUAUUCCGAAUUUUAACCAUGAUCCAAUAUAUCUCAUAUCUGGCGCAGUUGGCCCAUUUCGAGGAGGACACCCGUUACAUCUUCCUUUGUGGUUUGCGAUUCAUCUAAGGCAGCAACAAAAGUGUCGUAUAGUUCCACCGGAAUGGAUGGAUCCCAAGCUCCUUGAAGAUAUUAAAGAAGAGGAGAAGCGAACCAGGAAUUUCACUAAAAUGCCUAGCGAGCACUACAUGGUAGAAGCGAAACUAGUGCUUAACACAGCUCCAGAGGAUGUUCCACAAUCGGAUGAAAUCAAAACCCUCAUCAAGGAUAUUUGGGAUACUCGCUGUGCAAAAUUGCGAACGACAACCGAUGUUUUUCUAAAAGGUGAAGGUGAAAUGGUCAAGCUAGAUAAUGUAACCAUAGUGGAGUUGCACACCAUCCGAACCUUUCUCCUUCAUUCAAUGGAUCUUCUGUCGCGAAUACAACAGGCUAAAAAGGGACCUGGCAGUAACAUGUCUUUACCAAAUCAAUCCUUGAUGAUGAGUAGCAUGAGCGGUUCGCAUUCACGACAAACAUAGUGGAAUAAAAUACAACUUGUAUAUAAUAAGGUUACACCGUGGAAUUUAGUUCAUAAUGCUUUCAUAAAAAUCGAAAAUAAAAUAAGCAGUUUUUCGACAUUU